CUGCUUUUUCUACCUUCAAUUAGCAAGCAGAACACACACACAAACAGAGCUAAAUCCUAGAAAAACAGGGGCGACCUGAACUUAAGAACACACAAUCAUGGCAAUGAACAUGAACGCUCUCCUCCUUGCGCUUCUUGCUGCAACCACCUUGUUCCACGCCUCAUCAGCUCAGACCAGACACGUCGUGGGUAAUUCCACCGGCUGGACGGUCCCUACCAACGGUGGCGCUUCAUUCUACACCAGUUGGGCUGCCAACAAUAGCUUCACCGUUGGUGACACUCUCGUGUUCAACUACGCAACAAGUGCACACAACGUAGAGGAAGUGACAAAGACAAAUUACGAUUCUUGCAACUCAACAUCUCCAAUUGCAACUUACACCACCCCACCUGUGACAGUCACCAUUAACAAAACCGGUGCUCAUUACUUCAUCUGCGGCGUUCCCGGCCACUGCCUCGGCGGUCAAAAGCUCUCCAUCAAUGUCACCAGUGGCAGCAGCACCGCCACUCCUCCUUCAUCCACCCUUACCCCUCCUCCUAAGGACUCCGCCGCCGUGUCUCUUGGUGCUGCCGGAGUGGUUGCCAGCACGGUGAUGACAAUCGCCGCGGUUUUUUUCUUCUAGAGAGAUCGUAGCUAGUAUGAUUUUUGUGUAAUUCAUUUUGUUGCUCUUGUUGUAUUUCAUCACAGAUUCAGUUUUUUUUGGGUCAUCACAGAUUGUGUAAUUCAUGUGCAACUUUUUUUUCAUCUUGCUUUAAUUUUUUCUUUCCAUGAGUAAAUUAUGUGGUGGGCGACUGUGUGAAUAUGAAUAUAUAGUAUAAAUUCUGCAUUUUAUUUCUUUGCA